GGGCACUUCAGUUUCCCCUAUCAGCGGAGAGAGCCUCCGCAGCCUCCCACUUCAUUGGGUCAAGGGAGACCUUUGCGCCCACCUCCUUCAAAGCAUCACCACGUGGUCCUCCCUUAGCAACGCGAAGAUCUGCGUUGAUACCGGCAGCUGGGGGGCGGGGGCGAGGUGAGGUGAGGGUUUCCCCCCUUGAGGACAUCAGUUGGGUCGGGGCUUUUGCGCGGGGCAACGCGAGCCAAGCGCAGCCUCUGCAGGCGCUGAGAAUGAACGGUCUCAUUUAAAAGCAUCCAGCCUGUUUGCCCUUUUGGGUUUCCAGUGCAUCAAACCCUCACCAAAAAGAGCUAUACUGUAAGCAUGAGUCAUCCUCACUCUGGAUAUCUUGCAAAUUACAACAGCUUAACAGACAAGCAUCUUGCAGGCUAUUUCAGCAACACUAGGAUAAGACGUCAUCUGCGGAGAUCAGGACUGAUCUCAAGAAGUGGAAGAAUAAUAUCAGACAAGGAAUACCGGCUAAAUGCCAUGAAGAAGGAUCAUCAGAAUUAUAUACGGGAAUGCUUGGCUCAAGCCAUAUUCCACAAAGUCCUUGAUAUGGAACGACAUCAUCAGGUUGAGAUAAAAAGAAAACUUGAGAGUUCUGCAAGGCGAGAGCGUACCCAGCGAAUCAAGGUGGAACGAUCGAGAAAGGCAGUAGAUGGUACACAUCACCUGCUUCCCCCACAUCCACCCAGUGUACCAAGAAAUCGCUUUGGACGCCGCAGGUUGGGUGACAGAGAACAAUCAAGUCAGUUGAUUACUUAUCCUCGACCAAGCACUGCUCCAGGAAACAUACAACAGCCGGUCCGACUUCAGCCCCUGUACGGAAAUGUCAUGACAGAAGGUUCACCAAAGCCUGUUUUGAGCUCCAGACCAAAGUUUCUCACCCUUGAAAAAGAUCAGUUUGCCAGUGAGGGGGACAAAAGGUUGUUAAGGCCUGUGCAUUCAAUGGAUUAUUCAGCUGAAGUAUCCCCAUAUAGACUUCCCAUUAUUAACAAUUAUAUGAUACCUGUUCCACAACCGCCCAGAAGUGACAAAAACAUCAGCACCAUGAAAUCCGGGGCAAGAGGUCGACGGUUUCGCCCUACAACUUCAUCACAAGGCCUGGAUCAAUUGGACACUGGAAAAUUCUACAAGCCUCAAAUACAAAGCAAUGCAUAUGUUACCAUGGUCUACUUGGGAAAAACCGUGCACCUUUCGUACGACCUUUUAGAUUAUCGAGAGGAAAUAAAAAUUUAUCAACAACACUGUGGAGGAGAAAAUCUAUGUGUGUAUAGAGGCAAACUGCUGGAGGGAGAAACAUUUCAGUUUAUCUCCAGGAGGCAUUAUGGCUUUCCCUUCAGUCUCACAUUUUACCUCAAUGGAAUUCAGGUUGACCGAUUAAGUUCUUGCUGUGAAUAUAAGCAUCGGAAAGGUACUCGGCUAGGAGGCAAGCAUGGAUACUUUGGUUUCGUUGAUGUGGAAAGAUCAUCUCCUUGCUAUAGAUGUAUCAUUGCAAUGGGCCUGGACAAAAAGCCUACACCUCCAAAGAAGAAGACUCUUGAGGAUACUGCAAAGCAGGAAGAUUGGAGGAAAGAGGAAGCGAGAUACAAGCUGAGAGAGGAAAAGAAAUUCUUAUUGUCCCAGUUUCCUUCAGUUCCUGCAGCAAAGAAAGGAUUUGCAGAACAUGCUGGAGAAAUGAAAUUGGAGACAAAAAAAAAAGAAAGCGACAUUGAUGAAUUUGAGGAUACCCAGAGAAGUGCUGCUCAUGAAGCAUAUGAUGAAGAUUUUGAAGCUGAUGAAGAGAAAUCAGUUGAGAAAGUUCAUAAAGAAGCACGUGCUGGUGAUCAAAUGAGUGGAACAGGAAGGUCACUCACCGACGAUGAAACAGAUAAUUCAGACCGUGAAAGGAGGAAACAAAUCUCAUCACAGAAAUCUUCACGGGCUUCUGACAGUGAGCGAGAUGAAAGUGAGGGAUAUACAGAGAGCAACACAGAGGAAGAGGAGAGGAAACAUGGCAAAGGUAAAGCAACUGCCUGGGAAAUGGAUGCAGCUGCCAGAAAGAUCCAGUGUUUUUAUAGGAAGCACAAACGGCGACAGCAAACUCAGGCUGUCAAACCAGAUAGAAAGCAUGUGCUUUCCCUCUCCUGCAGCAGCACAUUAUACAGCAGCGAAAAUGAAUCUGAGUCUGAAACCAGGAAGCGUGAGGAUGAGGAAGACAAUACAGACAUUCAUUCAGAAUAUGACACAGAAACCACCAAAUCUCAACGAGAGGGAAGUCAGGAAACUGAUGUGGAAGAAGAGGAAAACUUGGGGGAAACAGAAAACAUGGCCACCAAGAAUGUGCCAGAUAUCUUCUAUGAAGAAAAGGUGGAGAUGAACCUUCAGGACAUGAGUCCAGGCCGUGAGGAACUCAAGCAUAUAGGGUCGGUAGACAUAAACAUGAGGGAAGAUGGGGAGGAGGAAGAGAAGGAUAAGUUAGUGCAUUUGAAAAGGAGUGCUCUAGAAGGACAUCUGGGAAGCAAGAUUUCUGAAGAUAAGGAAGGUGUGCUGGAAUGGAGUACUAUUACCUGUAUGGCUUUGAUUAUUCCUGUUUCCUGCAUCAGAUCCAUUGGCAAGAAAAACAGAAAUCGCAAAUCGGUCAGAGAGAAAAUAGCUGAGGCUAUUGCAAAAGAUCAACUUUUGAGUUCUGAACCUGAACCUAGUGAUUACAGUACAGAGGAUGAGGAAGAACAUAUAACUGCUACUCAAAAACAUGAAGUACCAGAUGGAGCUUCCUUGGCAAAACAAUCAGGAAGAAUUGAAUCACAGAAGGCUGCCAAGCAAAUGAAAAAAGAGAGACAGAUGGUGGACAAGGAAAGAGUACUUGAGGAAGAGGAGCCUGUAGAUGGGGAAAGCCCCAAAGAAGCAGCUCUAACAGAAGAAUUGCUAGCCCAAAAUAUAGCAAGCCUUAGAGCAGACCAGGCAGUAAAGCCUGAACUUGUGGCAGGUAAAACAGAAUGGGAGAAAAAACCCAUAGAAUCAGACCUGGCCAGUAUAGAAAAAGAAAUAACACCCCAGGAAGAAAUAACAUCUGAGAGCAGGGCAAAAGCAGAGAGAAUGGCAACAAAACAUAAAGCUGCUCACGGAGAGGAGGUUCUAGGGGGAUUUGAAUCAGAAGAGGAAAAAGUUGAAGACACAAAGUUUAGUAAGCCAGGAGCAGCUAAGAGAGAAGAAUAUGUGCGAUGGCAGACCCCUGAGGCAGAAGAAAGUACAGAAGAAGUAACUGAGGCAUCAAAAGUUUUAAAGACGGGAGAAUUAGGAGGAAUUAAGAUGGUGGAAAGAGACAUGCAUGAAGCAAAAGAAAGUGUGAAAGGAAAAUAUGAGACAAAAGAAGCUUUGGAGGCAACAUUUGCAGAAAAGAUUACUAUAGGGGAGGUACAAGAAAAGGUGGGAGAAACUGAACCUGAAGAAAAGGUAACUUUUCAAGAGAAAAAAUAUACAGUAGAGGCUGGAAAAAGAGCUAGCAUAAUGGAAAAGAAAAGAAAGGAUGAUACAUUUUUGAGGGAAGAUGAAAAUAUAGAGGAGGGAAAAUAUGAAUUGAGCUCCAUUUCCCUUACAGAAGCAGGACUUACAACACCGAAAUUACAAGUGGGAGAUGUUCUCUCCAGAGAUGAAAAGGCAGUAAGUGAUGGAAGUGAUAGAAAAGUUCCCUCUGAGAUGGAAGAAAUAAUCCAAGGCAUUUCAUCCAGAUGGGAUGAAGAGUUAUACCAAGAUGUGAAUGGGAUGAAAGCCAUAUCUACAGAAGAUUUAGCCCUCGAGAAAAUAGAGCCUAGGGUGGAAGAGGCCUUCCUCGACCAUGAAACCGAAAGGGUUAUUUUAGCAGAAGAAGAACAUUCAAAAAUAACUGAGGAAAGCAAGUCAGCAGACCAACCAUAUUCAGAGAAAGAGAAAGAAAAAGGGACUGAAGAGAGCCUAAUGUCCAAAAUGGCACCUCUAGAAGAGAAACUGGACAUUGAGAAAGAAGAGCUUUCUACUGAAACUAGCUUAGAAGCUAUGGCAUUGCUGAAGGAAGAAUCAUUAGGGAAGGAAAAGGCAAAAGGAGAGAUGUGGGCUGAAGAGUUAGAGGGAGAAAUGAAAGGAUUGUCUCGAGGAAAGAAAAUGAUUGAAGAAGAACAGAUAGCACUCAGAGGAAAGGCAGAAGCUGAAGAGGGAGAGGCUGAGAUGGCACUUAAAGGAGAGGCAGAAACUGAUGAGGCAGAAAGAGAAGUUAAAAUUAAAGGGGAGGUAGGAAAAGAAGAGGUAGGGGGAAAAGUGCAGAUUCAAUGGGAGGCAGAAGGAGACAAGGCACUUAAAAGGAAGGCAGAAACUGAAGAGGCCAAAGCUGAGGUGGGACCUAAGGAGCAGUUAGAAGUCACAGAGGCAGAAGCUGAGAUGACUCUUAACAGGGAGGCAGAAACUGGACAGGUCAAAGCUAAGGUGGUACCCAAAGGAGAGUUAGAAGCCAAAGAAGCAGAAGCUGAGGUGACUCUUAAAAGAGAAGCAGAAAUUGGACAGGUCAAAGCUAAGAUGGUACCCAAAGGAGAGUUAGAAGCCAAAGAAGCAGAAGCUGAGGUGACUCUUAAAAGAGAAGCAGAAAUUGGACAGGUCAAAGCUAAGAUGGUACCCAAAGGAGAGUUAGAAGCCAAAGAAGCAGAAGCUGAGGUGACUCUUAAAAGAGAAGCAGAAAUUGGACAGGUCAAAGCUAAGAUGGUACCCAAAGGAGAGUUAGAAGCCAAAGAAGCAGAAGCUGAGGUGACUCUUAAAAGAGAAGCAGAAAUUGGACAGGUCAAAGCUAAGAUGGUACCCAAAGGAGAGUUAGAAGCCAAAGAACCAGAAGCUGAGGUGACUCCUAAAAAGGAGGCAGAAACUGGACAGGUCAAAGCUGAGAUGGUACCCAAAGGAGAGUUAGAAGCCAAAGAAGCAGAAGCUGAGGUGACUCUUAAAAGAGAAGCAGAAAUUGGACAGGUCAAAGCUAAGAUGGUACCCAAAGGAGAGUUAGAAGCCAAAGAACCAGAAGCUGAGGUGACUCCUAAAAAGGAGGCAGAAACUGGACAGGUCAAAGCUGAGAUGGUACCCAAAGGAGAGUUAGAUGCUGAAGAAGCAGAAGCUGAAGUGACUCUUAAAAGGGAGGCAGAAACUGGUCAGGUCAAAGCUAAGAUAGUACCCAAAGGAGAGUUAGAUGCUAAAGAAGCAGGAGCUGAGGUGACACUUAAGGAGAAAGCAGAAACUGGACAGGUCAAGGCUAAGGCGGUACCCAAAGGAGAGUUAGAAGCUGAAGAAGCAGAAGUUGAGGUGACCCUUAAAAGGGAGGCAGAAACUGUACAGAUCAAAGCUAAGGUGGUACCCAAAGGAGAGUUAGAAGCUGAAGAAGCAGAAGUUGAGGUGACUCUUAAAAGGGAAGCAGAAAUUGGACAGGUAAAAGCUAAGGUGGUACCCAAAGGAGAGUUAGAAGCUGAAGAAGCAGAAGUUGAGGUGACUCUUAGAACGGAAGCAGAAAUUGGACAGGUCAAGGCUAAGGUGGUACCCAAAGGAGAGUUAGAAGCUGAAGAAGCAGAAGUUGAGGUGACUCUUAGAACGGAAGCAGAAAUUGGACAGGUCAAGGCUAAGGUGGUACCCAAAGGAGAGUUAGAAGCUGAAGAAGCAGAAGUUGAGGUGACUCUUAAAAGGGAGGCAGAAACUGGAGAGGUCAAAGCUAAGAUGGUACCCAAAGGAGAGUUAGAAGCUGAAGAAGCAGAAGUUGAGGUGACUCUUAAAAGGGAGGCAGAAACUGGAGAGGUCAAAGCUAAGAUGGUACCCAAAGGAGAGUUAGAAGCUGAAGAAGCAGAAGUUGAGGUGACUCUUAAAAGG